AUGGCCCACCUGCACAGACAUUUGGGAAUGGGCCAUCCACCUGGUGGGCUGCGCCCAUCUUCCUCUCGCUCUCUCACUUCUCCUGAUCUCGUGCCACCAUCCCAUGCUGCCUAUGCCGGGGGCUCGCAGCUCUACAUGCCAUACGACUUCCACCCUGUCCUGUCGCCGAAUCCGUCUCAUCGUAAUGAACACGGAGGUGGACUCGACCCGCAUUUUCAGUCCCUCAAAGCUCGCUUUGCGCAACUGGAAUUGCACCAACGGCAGUCGGACGAAGAGAUAAGGCAGCUUCGCGACCGUAACCGGGUACUGGAAGCACAGCUGGUGGCUGUCUCAGCCGUGCCAGCUGUGCCUGAGGCCUAUAUCGAAGACUCGGGCGACGAUGCGGACACGGAGAUUUCUCACCUCGAAACUCUGGCAACGGUUACUGCUACACGCUCGGGACGCAUCCCCGCUACUGGGGCUAAUGCGACCUCGGUUCCUGCUCUGUCACCUCCCGUUAUGACUCAGUCCUCUGCGUCGGCCCAGGCAGCCAGCCCCCUUGCUAAUCAUACAAAGCCUGCUGCACUGCCCUCCUUGGGGCUUCCCUUCAAAUCGCUUACCAUUGGACAGCAGCGAGUGCGAAGACAGCUCACAUCUAUGGUCAGCACGACCUUUCGAUCGCUCUGCGGAGUCUCUGCAAAGACUCCUUGGCCCGACCCGUCCAUUGAGCGUACAGAUCCCAUCACCAAUGAGCACGUAUUCACGCCGAACUUUCCUGGUGGACUAGCAGAUCCAUACAAUAUCAAGAUCUUUGACGCUGUUGCCAUGACAGUGUUAAAACAAAUCCAGGAUCCCGCUCGUCGCCCAAUCGAUCUUGAAACCUGCGGAGCGAGGGUCGACUACAAUGACCUCCGAGCCUUCGCCAAAGAGUCCUUCAAAGGUUUCAACAAGCACUACAAAGCCCAGAUAGACGAGAAGGCUCAGCAGCGGAUCAAUCAGAGCAACGCCAAGGAUCGUGAAACGCAGCGCCGUCGACUGAAAUUAAAGCAGCGACUCAGCGCUGCUGACAAGUAUGCUGCUGCUCACAACCUCGACCGCGACGAUGUUGCUGCAACACUUGACCUCGAGCACAUGUCAGAUGAGCCUUCAGGGCCCGAGGAUUCAGACAAGGACAAGGGCGAAUGGGCACUUGAAAUGGCACAUGCAUCAGGAAGGCGGGACGCCACUCCACAGUCCAUAGCAGACCUGACUUUCAUCCAAGUUUGCGAGUUUGAUUGGCGCACUGACGAGGCCACAAACCUCAAUCUCGAACUCAGUCAGAUUCACGAGGAUUCCCUCAGCAACUCUAACAGGGACAGGCGAAGACUCAUUCGCGUCCGCAACACUGGUCGUCUCUCUACCCGAUUCCCUGCCAAGGCGCCAUUCAACUUUGCCAUCCGAGCUGACUGGCUUGCUGAGAAAAAGAAGGACGAAGCAAUGGUUGAGAUGCUGGAGACUGCGGGAUGGGGUGACUUUCUGGGCCCAAAGGGCUUUGAUUGUGAUUCAGACAACAAUGGUGUUGACAAUGGACUUACUAGUGAUUGAUUUGUGAACCCUUUCAUAUUGUGUUCUGG